AUGGCUUACCCAUUUCCUGCUCACAUUAGAAAUGACAUCACCAAUGCUGGUAUUCAUCAUAGUGGAAUUACUUGGGUAUUGGAUGGUGAUAAGCUUUAUGUUUGGAAUGUAAAAAAGUUUUUGUUGGAAUCUGAAAACUCUCCUGUUUUAUGCUUGGAGAAUGUUCCACUUUCCGAGUCAGACAAAUAUUUUGUUACUAUUUUAGGAAGCAGUGAUGACCACUUUUCUAUUUUCACUUGCUCUGCUCAAGGAAAAUUUAAAUAUUGGUAUGAUCUGAGUUUGAAUAAUGACGACUCAAGAUUUAAAUAUGAAAUUGGAAAUAUUUUAGAUUUUACAUCAUUCAGUUCGGAUGGAAAAUUAAAUAUUAAUUGCAUUGUGAAUAGUUUAAGUUCAAACAAUAAUAUUUAUAUUGGUACUGAAUGUGGACAUUUCAUUGAAAUUGAAUUACUAUCAAAUGGAGCUGUCAACCUAAUUAAGGAAAAGAAAGUUUACGGAAAUCAAAAUACCUCUUCAGUUUCUAAUGAGGGUUUGUUUAGCUGGUUCACCUCUUGGACUAAACCAACAACUAUUAAGUAUUUUGAACCAGAAUCAUUACUAUCUAUUCAAUCUUCAAAGACUGAUUUGCUUAUCUUAACAGAGAAAUGUAUCUCGAAAUAUACAGAGCAAGGAAAGGAUCUUUGUUGGAGAAAGGACAUUUCUCAUGAGUUACAAAGCUUGAACAUGAUAAGAAACUAUUCAUUGAGACUGUUAGAUUUUAAUUUUGAUGAACAAACUGAACAGAUUUAUCUUUUAACAUGUAUGGUUCCAGAACCACUUGAUACUGCCAGAAGUAGUUCAACUAUCGAAUAUCUUUUAUGGCCAAUCCAAAUUAACGACAAUAUUGUUGUAGAAUCACCUAUCCGCUUAGAUAAGUGUGAUUUUAGUGAAAUCAACUCUAAAUUCUAUUCCAAAUGUCAAAUUAUGAAGAGUUGCAAUAGACUUUAUGUACAUACUUUGAAUAGUAUUACUGUAAUUGAAGACAACAAAAUUAUUACACAAUGUGAUUACAAUGGUAUUAUUUCUCUAGGAGAUAUUAUGAUUGAUGGUUUGGAUGGUUGCUUAAUUGAUAAAUCAGGAAAUUUCAAGGCACUGAGGAUUGUUAAAUUGGAAGAUAGUAUGAGUCUGGCAUCAAACUGUGUAGAUCAAUCCAUGGAUCAAGAAUCGGAUUCUGAUCCAAAAGAAGCAGAAACUACUCUUGCUAAUAAGGUUUUAAGCAAUUUUAGAAAACGUGAGAAAAUCAGCUCUUUAAAUUUCAUUCGCUCCUCUGUUUUUGGACCAUCUAUUGUUAGAGCUAGUCAAAUGUUGGUAGAUAGCAUUCCAACAUCCGGUAGUUUGAUUAUUGAUGCUGAAAUGAUUUAUUACGACAAACUAUCUAUUUUGAUUUUAAGAUCAUUGCAAAAAAAGAUGGAUGAAUAUAUGGACUUCUUACAAUACCUAGUUGACUACCAAAUUAUUGAAAACCUUUCAGAAGAGGAUUUAAGAAUAAUUUUACAAAAUGGUGAAAAGCUCUUUGUUUGCAUCAAGUUAAGAGAGUUACAAAAUCAACUUGGAUCAAAAUCAUCUCAAGAUUUGAUUAUUCAAGCUAUGAACUUAUGCUGUGAAGAGGCUAAUUUUACCAAAUCGCAAUGUAAUGUUGAAAAUUUCUACAUUCUUGUUUCAAGAGUUGAAAGUUUGAUUUAUCAAAUUCAAUCUGAAAAGAUUAUUUCUAGUCAAACCACUUAUAACACAUUAUCUCUUGUAAAUCAAGUCUUUUUAUGCUUUUCAGAAGGGAUACUUGAAUUUAGGAAGGUAUUGAAUAGAUUUGGUACCAAUAUUAAAGAAUGUGGAAGUACGUGGACAAUUGAUAAGCCAGGUCUCCUUAUUACAAGAUUUUUUGAACAAUUUGAAAGAUCAGCCAGUAAUCUUAGCGCUUCAGAAAGUAAAUCAGUCCCUCAAAUACUCAACCAAAUGUAUGAAAUAGCAGAUUUUACAUUUUCAAUUCUUCAAACCAUGAAAGAAAAAGAGGUUUCUCAUUUCCAGACAUUCAAUUUUGAGGCUAAAAGAGAUUUAAUAAUUGGUACAUUCAGAAAGAUGAAGGAUGUUGGAGAAAUUUCACCAAAGACUUUUGCCUUAACCUUAGCAGAAAAAUAUAGAGAUUUCAAACACUUGAUACAAAUAGCAGAGGAGAACUAUCCAACUGAAAAGGAAAGAACUGUUAAAUAUUCUCAUUAUGUAAAGAGAUACAAAGACUUUGCAACAUAUCUAUUAACAUAUCUUAGAGAUUCUAAAAAGUAUCACGAGUUAUUGGCAAACAAUUGGAGUUUCAGAUGUGGAGAACAAAUGGCCUCAGUUAUUGAACCAAACUCCAACCUCAAAUGGUUGCACUAUAUCCAAGUUGGAAACUUGGGUGAAGUUGAAUCCUCUUUGGCUGAUUUGUCAGAUGACUACUCACAAAACAUCCUUCCAUUAGGAGAGCUUGGAACCACCAGAAACAGAUUAUCUCUGUUGAAACUUGCAUCCGUUGCUAACAAUAAUUUUAACACAGCAAAUUCUGCCUCUUAUUUCCUCAAACUAACAUACUAUCAAGCCCAACUUGCAACUGAUCUUGCUAUUGAGGAACCAAACCAAAAUUGGGCAAAUGAGAGCUAUAAGGGUGCUGUUGAUUUAUUAAUUUCUAUCUACAAAGGUAUUCCAUCAGAUAAUAGGGUAAUUAUGGAAAAUCAACAAAAGUUAUUGGAUAGACUUUUGAUUGCAACAGAUAUUUAUUGUGAUUUCUAUGAAAAGGAAACAGAAGUCGAGGAACAAACCAAACUAGAUAUUCUUCUCAAUAUUUACACAUCAUCAUUCUAUGUUUCAAAAAUCGAAAUUAACUCCAGACUUGCAAAAGAAGCUUAUCAUGUUCUUAAUCAACACAUUCUCUGA